GCUAAGUCAACUAGUGCAAUAUUAACAAACUCAUUUGUAGCAACGGCUAAGAAACUACUUUGAAUCAACUAUAGUCGUUGUCGUAAAGUUUUUCCGUAAAAAUGACCAGUGAAUGUCAAAAUCACGCGCCGGAGUUUUUAACAAAUUCGCGAAAAGUUGUUAUAUUGCUUUUAAAUUUGUUAUUGUUUGUUAUGAUCAGUAUAACCCAGACAUUCGCACAGCCCUUUCUGCCUUCCGAACUAUCUGCCAAAGGGAUAUCAGCCUCAGUUAUUGGGGCUACUUACAGUGCCUUUGGAGUCACUGCUAUGUUUUCAUUGCUUUACCUUCUCUUUUUCUUCAAAAACUUCGGACAACAAAAACUCUUGUUUAGUAUUGGAGGAUUGGUCACCGCAAUAGCUACAGCAUUGAUUGGCCAACUUGACAGAGCGUAUGAGGGGAAAACUUUCAUAGCAGCUUUUACCAUCGUCAGGGGAUGUCUAGGCUGUGGAUAUAUAAUCACGUGGGCAAGCGCCGCGCCCCUUCUCAUUUCUUUAUUCCCACGAGACACCGGAAAAGUAUGCAGUCUCAUAACUUUGGGACUCAACGUUGGUGGAAUCAUCGGGGCGCCUCUUGGUGGCUUCUUGUAUUCCGUCGGAGGAUUUGCUUUUCCCUUCUGGAUCGUGUCCAGUCUUCAUCUUUUAAUUUGCUCAAUAUGCUAUGUUGGAAUUCCCGGAGGUGCAGAUGGUCCACAACAUGAAAACGCCAAUCAUCAUCAGCCUAGUUUGAAAACGGUGCGCGACUUACUCGCAGACCCAGGCGUUCUGUCAACUUGUUUCGCUAUUAUGCCGGUGGCGUCUGUUCUCGGGUUCAUAGACGUAGCGUUUGCAGCUCAUCUUACUCAGACAUACCAGAUUAUCAAACCAGGCAACUUUUUUCUGCCGUUCGCUAUCACUUGUGCAAUUUUGUCAAACUUGAUUGGAGCAUUUAUAGACAAAGGUUAUACAGGAAUAGUUUUCUGUUUUAUGGGAAGUAUGCUUGGGGCAAUCACGUUUCUAGCGAUGUCUCAACUGAAGUGGAUUCUUCCUCGUUUAACUAGUUUGGUUACUCUGGAAAUUCUUCUGGCGUUCGCUGCUUUAAGCGUCCUUUGCAUUAUAAACUCGAGUAUUCCGUUGUUGAGAAAACUGUUUACUAGGAAAAAUCAUAACAUUCCUUUAGUUUUACUCGAUGCUUAUGCGAUUAUUAUAUUUGGAAUCAGCAACUGUAUUGGCGUUGUUUUAGGACAGUGUUUAGUAGGUGGAGUUAUUCUGGACAAGUUUGGGUUCUAUGUCAGCUGUUUAGUGAUAUCGGUAUCAUGUGCUGUAACGGGGCUAAUAACGGGCGUUAUUUUAUCAAAGAAGAAAACUCUUUUUAGAAACCCCGGUCAUCAACCGCUGAUUAGUUCCAGUAACUCUAUUAUCGUUGAAGAUUCAGAUUCUGAAAACCUUGAGAGUGACUCAAAUAUUGUUGUUUAGACGGAUGCCGGACAUCAAGCCGACUGGAUUUCAAGCCGAAAUGUAAAAUUAGGGAAUUCAA